AUGGCUGAGCAACUCCUCGACCAGGUCCGAGACAUCGUCGAUGGACAGAUCGACUUUGAGGGACAGAAGCUGGCCGAACUUCUUGCAACAGUAUUGCUGUCUGCCGUCGGAGUCGUCUCAUUCCUCGUCGGCUUCUUCCUCCAGAACAUCACCCUUGCACUCAAGGUUGGCCUCGCCGGCACCGCCCUCACAUUCCUCGCAAUCGUCCCUCCGUGGCCCUUCUUCAACCAACACCCUGUCAAAUGGCUACCUGUAGGGGGAGGACAAAGCGUAGCUCAGACGCAUCAGAACAUAGUCAUUGACGAAAAGAUAUUCGCGCCCACAAACUGA